GAAGGAGGCACGUCUCAGUCCUGAUGCGACUUUCGAUGGCAACGGUUCGCUGCGGAGCAAUUCGUCCUGAGGUCCAACACUUCUGGCCGCAUAAAUAUGCCCGGUCGUGCCACAUAAAUCAGUGUCAUAAAUCUGUUUGUCUUGUGAAUGGAAUUAUGUGUCAGUGUCCAACGAUAAGCGAGGCAGCGGCUAUGCCAGGCCACAAAAUAUCUUAGACAGAUUUAUCUGCCGAGGGGGUGAACCAAAAAACAAACCAAGAAAACCAAAAAUAAAUAAAGAAGCUGAAAAGAAAAACAACUCUACUAAGAAAAAUUAUCCGUUUGGCGGGAAACAGACAAAGUGCCCCCUCAAGCGAAAGUGUGGAAAGUCGCAGUGAAAGUGGCGGCUGCCGUUCUCCCCCUGGUCCUCUUGAAAUGUUGUUAUCCCGGCGAAAGUGAAGUGAGAGACACAGCACUCAAAGAUGGCCAUCUUGGAGUCUUGUUGCUUCUGGAAGAAUGUGCGGAUGGGCAGCUUUGCCUGUGCCAUCUAUACAUUGAUUUACUUUGGCUUCUCGACGUUAAUGUUCCUGUGCUACCUGCGCGAGGAACAGGAGUUUCUGUUGGGCCAACGCUCAGAGCCCGCGGGCGAGAGUAUGCUGGAGAAGGGGGAUGUGACUGUAGUGACUGUGAUAUUCAACGUUUUCUUUCUGUUUUGCUCCGUGCUGAUGGUGCUAUCCUCGGGACUAAUGAUAGUAGGUCUCCGUCGGAACAAGCGUCAAUUGCUGAUACCCUGGAUCUGCUUCAUGCUGGCCGACCUGCUCAUCGAGUGCUCCCACCUGAUACACCUGACCUUCUCCCGGCGCGUCAUAUUCGAUCCGAUUGUGGGCUUUAUCUUCACCAUAGACUUCUUCAUCCUGUGCCUCAAUCUCUACUGUCUGCUGUGCGUCAUCUCCCAGUAUCAGGCCUAUCGGGCCCAACGAUCGGAGCUGCAGGAGAACCCCACCACAUCGCCUGUUGUGGUGUUCACAGCAGCAGAAAAACUAAGCAAAACCCAGCAACAGCACCAACAGCAACAGCUGCAGCAUCAGGCCCAGCUCCUGGGGGACGGAUCUGGAAAUGGUAAGCGCCAGUCGCGCCGUAUGCUGGGUGCCGCUAGUCCCCUGAUAACAUCCCAGCGAUUGACGAACUUCUCCACCAUCACCGAGGAGGAGGAGCAGCAGUCCCGAGCAGGCCACAGCAAUGGUCACCUUUCGGACCAGCCAGGCUCCAGUGUGGCGGAACCGGAGCUGGAUAUGGACUCGGGAAAUGGAGAGCUGCAGGUGAAAAAGCAAAUAAUUACUUUGGAUACGGUGGAGAUGGCAGAAAUCCAAUACUGAGUUUGGAUUAUGCAAGGAACCAGCAUUUCCCAUCCACCCACCCAAUCAAGAUUUUAGCCAACAAUUCCCGGAGGAAUUUUAUUCAGAAAUGAGAUAUUUUUACAAAUGUUUGAGAGAGAUGUGAUGCGCGAAUAAAAAGGACAAU